CGCCCACGUCGCCGUGGUUGCCCAAGUCCCCUUCGUGUAUUCCAUCCUGAUGAGACUUCUCGUUGAGACGGACUUGCCCCCAGAAAAGGCCUGUGUCUUCUUUCUCGUAGGCGGCAAGAAUACCUGGUAGGCAGCGGGGGCGCUUCAGAAGGUGCUUCCAUACUUCGCUUCCACUUCCUUCCAAGUUGUCUGAUGAUUUCAAGAUCGAUGUCUUUCUCCCUGAAUUUCCGUAGCGAGCGGUUCCGUUGAAAAGGUAUCUGUUCGGGUCGGUCUAGUGUGGUCUUUUGUGCCUUGCGAAACAAGAUACCCCUUACUUCCGACUCAAUGUCGACUCAGCCUCAUCGGAGUGCAGCUGGAGAAUUGCUCGGCCAGUUGCGAGAUGACCUGGAUACGAAGGAGUUAUCUCAAACGCAGCUAGAGGAAGCGCUCGGAAAACUCAAAGUACAAGGCCGAGAUGUCCACAACGUUUCCGCCAUCUACGAUGAGGCCGGGGUGAAGAUACUGGGCACCUACGCGUUCGGGGAUUAUUCGUCUAGCAUCCGUCAAGAGGCAUCGAGAUGUCUUGCAAAUGCACUCCUUCUACUUCCUGAGACUCGCCAGUACUCCAUCAGGCUCGGUUUGGACAAGCAAGCAACAGACGCUCUCGCGAAGGCCAACGCGGACGAGGAAUUUCUUCUCGCCCGGAUACUGUUCCUUCUGACUUACGAUCCUCAAAUCGACCUACCAACCCUCCUAUCUGAACACAAGCUCGCUGAAAGCAUCACCCGACAUCUGUCCCGACACGCAGAUGAGUUCGAGGCGCCCCGGACUAUGGGUCCAGACAGCCCAGCACUUUCAGAAACACUCAAAUUGCUGUUCAACGUCACAAGUGGUGCACCUGGACAGAGGUCGUUAUUCAGCUCUACCAUGGACUCGUUGUUCAAGAUUCUGUCUUUCGCUCCCAUUCCUUCUCCGCCACUGCAACCUCCCACUAGCCUCAUUGUCAAUGCAUUGGCAAACCUUGAAUUCAAGGCCGAGAGCCUGGAAAACGACCCCAACCUCGCCGCUGGCAUGAAUAAAUUGAUGGACCUACUUGAAUCAGCCGUUCGAAAGUAUUCUCCUACGGAAUUAGAAACAGGCGCUAUCCCACUCAUUACAGCACUGCGGAAUAUCAACGAAAAGGCAAGCACUGACUUGCGAGAAAGAAUGAAAGCACGUCUUCUUCCGGCUGACAAGGAGAGGGAUCAACCUUUGGGAAAAUCAUCAUCCUUAGCAUCUCGAUUAUUGCGGUUGACUACCUUAACAGGAUUAGUGAAUUUGUCCCAGGCGAUAUCUGCCUUGAUGUUCGAGCUUUCGGACAAAGACGCCAGUCAGUAUGUCCACAAUGUCGGCUACGGAUAUGCCGCCGGAUACCUGAUGACGCACAAAAUCCCCAUCCCCGAAAAUGCAAAGAAGAUCGAGACUGAGCACGACGGCGAAACCUCUCAAAAAGCGUCAGUAAAUCCGAUUACAGGUCAGAGACUUGACGCAGAGCCUACGCUUGACAUCCCUAAGAUGACGACGGAAGAAGCCGAACGAGAGGCGGAGCGAUUGUUUGUUCUAUUCGAGAGGCUGAACGCUACCGGAGUCGUGAAUGUCAAGAAUCCAGUGCAGCAGGCCAUGGAGGAAGGGCGAUUCGAAGAACUGAGUGAUUCAGAUUGAUUCAGACGGAGUUGUGAUGAGCAUUGAGGAGCUCUGACCAGCUCUAUAUGCAUGUCCUUGACAUUUCCUUCCAGCAACGAUACCCCUUCGGCGUUCAUACAGGCUAACCUGCGCUGUGGAUAAGAGCCUUGAUGUGGUAAUAGUGCCUCAAGGCGCCUUUUGAUGAAUUAAUUUAUUUUGG